CGGGAAAAUUCGCAUCGUCAUUACAUUGGCGCCACAAAAGACCUACCUCUAUUUUCGUUACGGUCUCACCUCAGAUCAGAUCUGUUCUCUCCACCUCUCCAAGUAUCUAAGCCAGUCGGUUCUCACUUCUUCCAGAACCUUCACGGUUGUUCAAAAAUAAAGAUGGACAUGGAAGGCUUAUCUGCGAUCUGCGCCGGUCUCGGUAUGGUGGAAGAGGACGAAAAAGGCAAUCGGAUUAGCUACUAUAAGGGCGAGUACUGUUUAGAUAAUUUAAAGGAUUUGCUGAGAUUCUUGCGGCGUGACGAUCCACAAACGCGAGAAGUGUUUAAACAAGUAUGUAAAUGGAACAUUGCGACUAAAGAUUUGAUACCAAUUAUUGAACACUGCCAAGACGAUCGGGGCUUGGUCUUAAAUGCAGUGAAGGUUUUGGUGUUUUUAACAAUGCCCGUUGAGCCUUCAUCCAAUGAUAUUCCUCAACAGAUAGAGUAUCUAUGGGGUUUGAAGUCUGCAAUUACAUGCAGUGACACAGUUCCGGUGAUUGUGUCACUUCUCGAGGGUCCACUAGAAAAUUUGGAACGUGAAGCAUUCACUGAGGAUGACUGGAAAUUGGUACAAUUAGUUUUGACUUUGUUCCGCAAUGUUCUUGCUGUCCAAGAUAUUCCCUUGCAGCAGAAGGCUGGGAGUUCUACUAGUCGAUUCAUAUCAUUGAGAGAUGGAUUUCUGGAACUUUUGUUCAAUGGGAAUGUGAUGGACAUAAUUCUCAUGAUAACUCCACACGUUGGUGGUUCUAAUGGCUAUCUUCAACAGGAUAACUUGCUUUUAGUGGAGAUUUUUUAUUACAUAUUUAUGGGUCAAGAUCCUGAAUCAGUCGCCUGUGCUCAUCAGAAGAUGGGUGGAGUCACAAAGGAUCCUCUUGAAAGUCUCAAAUCACUAAUAGCAGAGGAAGAAGAGAAAAGAAGACUUUCAAGACUACACCAGAAAAUGGUUCGCCAUUCACAAUUUAGUGGAAUGUUUACAAGGCUUACCAUGGAUGGUUCUAAAUCUGUGAUCAAAGGGAACCCCACUUCUGCUUCUCAGAACCCUGUGUUUAAACCUCAUAAAGGUUGUAAGGGUGCAAGUAAUAAGACUGUGUGGGACCAUGGAACCUUACCUUCAACGAAGGAUAAUAUUUUAAGGUUGCUCCAUGAUCUUGUGGACCAGUUUCUAUUGGGGAGUUACAAUGUUUUAAUGCAGUCAAUCUGUGAGGACAUUGAAAAGGAGCAUCAAUCAAUACAGAACAGUGACAUCAUUAUUUUCUUCCAAGUUGCUCAGUUUGUAACUUCAUUUCAAUAUCACAGGAUUGAGUUUUCUAAGCUCAAUGUAGGAAGAGACACAUUUGAAGCUUCUGCUACAGAAUGUUCCAAGAGCACUAUGUUCAGAGACAACAUCUGUGGACCUAUUGCAUCUUCAAUGGACGAAUCUAUGUUUCAGUUGGUCAUUUCAAGAUGGCGUAAUGCAUUUGAUGCCUUGAAAGAGACAAAAAACUAUAAGUUUCUAUCUGCUGCGGGUUCUCUUAUGAAAAGCAUGAUUAACAUGUUAGAUUUGGUGCUUAAGGCAUUGCCAAAAGAUUCUAAGGAGGCACAAACAGCCCGCAUCCUUCUUUACAAGUUAUUUUAUGAUCAGACUGACCAAGGGAUGACUCAUUUUCUCUUGAACCUAAUCAGGGUGUUUGACAUUCACAAACAACCCAAAAGUGAUCUUGCAGAUUUAGUAGAAAUGAUAUAUGUACUUGUACGGCUCAUGGAGAAUCUUCAAUCACGUGGUGUGUUAAGGGUCUCUAGAAAAUCAAGGAAAGGGAGAAAAAAGGAGAUUGCCAAGGGCAAUAAGGAAUCUGGAAAUAAAUCAACUGAAGAUCAUGGUACCAUUCAGAAUGAGGACUGCAUCUCAAAUGGUGAAACUCUGGCAGAUUGUUGCAUGUCAGAGAAGGAAAACUCAACAAAUGCAACUUCUGCUGCAAAAGAAGACAUGCGCUUCCCUGCUAAGAUUGAUCGGCCUGAAAUGUUGAUGUCAGACAUUCAGAAUCCUGAAGUUGGUCUGUUGCAGAAAAAUAACAGAGGGUCUGAUCACACUGAUGAUUACCUUUGUUGCAGCACUGGUGAUUCUUCUGAUGGUGAGCAGCCAGUAGAAACUAAUGAAGUUGAUUUUAAGAUUUCUACUUUCCUUUCAGCAUUUGUAAAUUGCAACAUCAUUCAAAAACUUUGCUGGCUGCUAAAGUUUUAUAAGAGCAAUUCCAACCGUACAAACCAUUACAUAAUCUGCAUGAUGCGGCGCAUCACCGAUGAUUUGGCACUCUCUCCAAUGCUUUAUCAGUUAUCAUUCCUCACUAUAUUCUAUGACAUCUUGGCUGAGCAGAGGGCAUCCCCAGACAAAGAUCAUGCAAAUAUUGUUGAUUUUUUGACCAGAUUGAUCCGAAAAAUGCUUAAACGAAUGAAAAAGCAGCCCCUUUUGUUUGUGGAAAUUCUUUUCUGGAAGACUCGCAAAGACUGCCAUUGCAUUGAUGCCGAUUAUUUAUUGGAUGAGCUUGGCAAUAUAAAGAAGAAAAUUGGAAAAUGGCAAAAUGGCUUAGAAGUUGGAUAUAACGGUUCAACACAGGCUAAUGGAAUGGUUCGCAGAAGCAUAGCAGAUGCAUUGGGUGAUGAUGAAGCUGAUGUUGUGAUUUCCCAUGAACUAGGAAACGGAGGGAAUUUUGUUGAAGGCGAGGAAGGCAUGGCUUCUUUUAUAGUCAGUGAGGUUGACAAGAAAGGAAAUUCUGAAAAUUCUGAAAUUUUCAUGCAAGAGCAGUCGGGAAAGGUUUCUAAAAAAAAGAGAAGUCUUUCUCUCAGUGAUGAGUGGGACACGAAAUUCACAGAACUCUAUGAAAAAUUUAAAGAUGAUCAGAACUGUAGUCAUCUUAUUGCGGAAUCCCUAAAUGCUGAUGGUAAAGUUUCAGCUGCUCAAAUUUCCAACAAGCUUAAGCAACUAGGCUUCAAAGUUCCAUCAAAGAAAAGGGUGCGCCAUACUGGUGAACCUUUUGCUGCUGGUCCUGAUGAACCUCAAGAAGGGCAAAAUGCUAUUGAAACUGAAAAUGAUGUUCACAACUCAAAUGAAUUAGAAGGAAGUCUUACGAGGCAAUCUUUGAGCAACAGAAAAAGAAUACGUGCCUUCAACAGUGAUCAAGAGGCUAUGAUUAAAGUUUUAUUUGAACGCAGAUAUAAAGAUCAUAAGAGGUGUAGCUACAUGAUUGCAAAUGCAUUGGAUGGUGAGAAAAGGUUCACCACUGCACAGGUCUCCCGUAAACUCAAGCAACUUGGUUUGCUUCCUCCUCAACAGAAGAGGUCUGAAGCUCAAAUGCACUUGAGAGAUGAAGAACUUAAUGACUCUUCUUUAGUUGAAGCACACGAUUCUGAUGAAGAAACAUUGCUAUCACUGAAAAAUAGGCACAAAAGCAAUGAUGGUGGCAGCAGGUUGUUUGGUAAGGGACCGCAAGGAAAAGAUGUGCAAGGAAAACCAUCAGAUGCUUCUGAUGAUGAAACCUUAAGCUCUGUAUUCAAGCGCAAAAGCAAUGAUGGCGGUAGCAGGUUGUUUGGUGAGGGAUCACAAGAAAAAGACAUGCAAGGAAUUUUGUCAGAUGAUUCUGAUGAUGAAACCUUAGGCUUUGUUUUCAAGAAAUCUAGGAAGCUCCAUUCAAAGCCAAAGGAUGACAGGCUGGAAACAACACAGACCGAGAGGACAAAUGAAGAUGUCAGAAAUAGUGGUAGAAAAGGUGACACAAGAAGGGAUGGUUGUAAUCAGUCUGGUGAAAUAGAUUUUGUGGAAACCAAUCAAGAUAUCUCUAUUAAGCAUGCCAACCAGGAAGGGACUUCAGUUUCUGAAACGAAUGGCUCUCAUAUUUCAAGUUUUUCACCUGUCACUGUAAGUAAUGCUGAUGAUGAGUUGGCAGAUUCAGACGAUGAUGUUGCUGCCAGUGAAAUGCAGAGUAAUGCUGUAAGUAGAAGGAAGCUGAGGAUGGUAAUUGAUCUUGAGGAUGAUGACUAAGAUGGAGACAUGAUCAGGAAAAGAGAAAAUAAAGAGAGGAGGGCAGUUGCCAGCAAACAGGAAGACAGGAUGGCCUCAACUCUACUAACAAGUCAGCAACAGGAGAAAGGGAUACGUGACACAACAUUAGAGGAAAAGAAGAAAAGAUUAGUUGAAGAAAGGGAGAAAAACGGAGCAGGUGGGAGUGCAGAGGGGAGGGAAGAAAAAUUAGGAAUGCUGGAGGGAGAGUGCCAGCCUCUCGGAAGCUGAGCAAGGGGGAUGCUGGUUUACUGCAUUUUGUGUCUUUUUGUGAAUUUUGGAAACCCAGUCUGACUGUAUUUGUGCUUGUGUUAUUGUGGGAACCUGUUCCAGUUCUGUACUUCUGUAAUUAUCAAUUGUAUUAGUUGGGAAAUAGUCAUUGUAUUGAUGAAAGAAUAUUGUAAUUAAAUUGAUGAAUCAAUCAAUACAAUACGAAUUUUCUGCUCAA